UGGAGCGUCUCCGGCGUCCAAACUAAGCGCUUUAUAACCUCCUAUUCAUGUGCACUUUUAUCUUUUUAUAAGCUCACUAUCUUCUCUUAUUUCAGUGCGUGUUUCACAGGAACUGCAGGGAUAAUAAGAUAAAGCAUAAUAAUAUUAAACCUAAUAAUAAUAACAAUAACAAUCACUCUGAUUGGAGACUGUGGGUUUCGUGAGACGUCUAGGCUUUCAGUAAGCCCAGUGUGUUGUAGCAGGUCAGAAAUUUGUGCCUGGGACCAAUCGCAUCUGGACCUCUCCUCCGGAACAAUUUUUUUCAGAUGUACAUGCUACCAGAUUGGACAAGAAUUCUUACCCCCUGUGCAUCUUGAAGUGAUGUGGAAACUGUUGUAGGCCUGUUCUGGCCUGAGAGAUUCAGGACUUGAGUGUUGUGAUCUGAACCCUUUAAGUCUCUCUACAGCCAUGCAUUUAGAGGUGAAAGUUGCACUGAACUUCAUAGUGUCCUACUUGUACAACAAACUACCGCGGCGAAGAGCAGACCUGUUUGGUGAGGAGCUGGAACGCAUCCUGGUGUCACGUUUCGAAGGUCACUGGUACCCGGAGGCUCCGUUGCGUGGUUCUGCCUUCCGCUGCCUUCAUCUUGGAGUUCCUGGGGACCCCGUGGUGGACUUGGCAGCCCGAAGGAGUGGCUUGGACAUGGAGGAAGUUCGUGCCAACGUCCCUCCAGAACUCAGCAUCUGGAUCGACCCUUAUGAAGUGUCCUAUCAGAUUGGUGAGAAAGGGGCCGUGAAGGUUCUCUACAUGGAGGAUCCUCCAGGCUUGGGAGGUGAAGCUGAAGUAUCAGAAUGUUUAGGAGGGCUUUGUAAAGGAGAGAUGGAACUAGAAGAUGGGAAGAAUUUAGGCUUCAACCCAGAUGCUCAGGUCUUCGUGCCCAUCGGUGGCCAGGCAUCACCGGUCAUGCUUCAGUCACACUCUAAUUCACCCACACCGCUCUGUCAAGGUCUGUUCAUCUAUGCAGGCUCCAGUACUCCAACAGAUCCCACUGUGCACUCAAACACCUCCUCUCCAUCUCCACCAAGUAUAGGGAUGCCCUACCCUCACCCGGCUGCCCAACCUGGCUCCCGUCCUGCUCUGCAACAAAUCACCUUCACCACAGCCACUUUUGCUGCCACCAAGUUUGGCUCCACAAAGAUGAAGAAAUGCAUGGGAUCUGGUGUGGUGGGUGGAUCUGCCAGCACCGGUGCUCCUCAGCAGCGGAUGGUGAACCAUUCCCCCACCUCAAUGUCCUCUAUUUCACCACCUGGACUGGUGAAUCACAAGCCCCUGUCCCUCUCCAUGCAUUCCCUGGCUGGUCCAGUUUCCAGCCAGCUCUCACCCAAUGCCAAAGAGUUCAUCUACCCCGCCUCCCAGGGGCCUCUUUGUUUUGAAACCGAGGCUCCGCACUUGACACAUGCUGGUCCAUUCCAGGCACAGCUUCCAGGUCCUGCUCAUGCACAUACCACUUUUGAUCCAUUCUCUACCACACCGCCACCAGGCCAUGCUUUGGGUGUCGUGGGAGGCAGCAGUGGAAUUUCCUUCAUGGAGGGUCUGGGGGGCUACAACCUGCAGUACUCCAGCCAAGCUUUCCAACCUGUUGUAUUGGCCAACUAAAUGCUGAAAAAGCUUAAGAUGUCUUCUGGGAAUUUUUUAAAUGAGUUUUUUUUUCACCAGUUGUUACUAAUAACGUAAAGUUGCGGUGUUACGACUACUACAAACACUGAAUAAUUUAUUUAUUUAUUUUUUCCUUCCUCAUAGAUUUUCGUUCAUAUUCAAGGGUAAUUAUUUUCCUUUCUCCCAAGACGAUGGGGAAAUAUCCAGCCUCCUGCUGCACAGACGUUUUACAACGAAUGCUAAUUUGAUCUGGGUGUUUUUUUUUUUUUUUUUUUUUUUUUCACCAAGGUACCGUUCUCUGUAGCCUGGUUGAGCAGCACGAGCUUGUUCCAAUACAGCUCCUUUCAUGCUGUGGGGGGUGGGGGGGGGAGCUUCAUGCUCCAGUUUAACGUCACCAAGAGCAAAUAGAAGGUUCAGGAACGGAGAGC